CUACUUACCCAUAGUGUGUAGGUGUCUCAGCUCCAAGCCCCAGUGUGUCACGGAUCUUCUCUCCCUUAGGCGGAUCUCUCAAGUGGUACAGACCGGAUCUCUCUUCAACUUUCGGGGCUCCUCCCCUCUGGCUGCUCCUCAACUUCUAUUCUCCAAAAACACUCCAGAGUUAUCCCGAAUCCACGGUGUAACUUCUGCCACAUGAAAUGGCUCAAACAUGAUUCGCACAUAACAGGAGAACACACGACAGUGCUGUAGAAAUGUCUCCCAAAGUGCCCAGUGGUCAAGGCAGAGGGGAUUAUUCUGCAGUCCAAGUAGCUGUUCGAGUGCGCCCCCUCCUGCCUAAAGAGCUCCUACACUGCCAUGAGAGCUGUAUCACUGUGGACUCAGAGCUGUGCCGGGUCACGCUGGGCCAUGACCGACACUUUCUUAGUGACUACCUGUUUGAGGAAGCCUGCUGUCAAGAUGAAGUCUACUCUGCGUCCGUGCAGCCGCUCAUCGACGCCUUCUUUCAAGGUUUUAAUGCGACAGUCUUUGCAUACGGACAGACAGGCUCCGGCAAGACAUACACCAUCGGAGAAGCUAACAUUUGUUCCUUCAGAGAUGAGGAGCAGGGAAUCAUCCCUCGGGCCGUUGCAGAUGUCUUCAGGCUUCUUGAUGAAAAUGACCUCACAGACUUCUCUGUCCGAGUCUCCUACCUGGAGGUCUACAAAGAGGACUUCAAGGACUUAUUGGAGGUGGAGACAGCCAGCAAAGACAUCCACAUCAGGGAGGAUAAGGGCAACAUAGUUUUGUGUGGCGUACGGGAGUGCGAGGUGGAGGGUCUGGAUGAGGUGUUGAGUUUACUAGAGUCAGGAAACACAGCCAGACACACGGGCGCAACCCAGAUGAAUCCAAACUCCAGUAGGUCACACACCAUCUUUACCUUGUACAUGGACCAGAGACGGGGGAGCUCUCGGCUUUAUGGGACAGCUACGAGUGCGGGACCACAGGUGUUGUCUUCCAAGUUCCACUUUGUGGACCUGGCAGGGUCAGAGCGCAUCUUAAAGACAGGGAACACUGGAGAAAGACUGAAAGAAAGCAUCCAGAUUAACAGCGGCCUUCUGGCUCUUGGGAAUGUUAUCGGGGCACUGGGGGACCCCAAGAGGAAAGGUUCUCACAUACCGUACAGAGAUUCCAAAAUCACAAGGAUCCUUAAAGACUCUUUAGGAGGGAAUUCCAAAACCCUGAUGAUCGCCUGCAUCAGCCCGUCCUCCUCAGACUUUGAUGAGAGUUUGAAUACGCUCAACUACGCCACGAGGGCCAGAAACAUCCAGAACCGUGCAACAGUCAACUGCAAGCGUGAGCCAGACCGAGUGGAGGGGCUGGAGCAACAAAUCAAGGCCCUCCGGAGGGCGCUCGAAAACCGGCAGCGCUCAGAGACCCGCAUCAUCUCUCACGCCGAUCCGAACAGGAGACCUCGUCUGGGAGAGGGAGAGAUCAGCAGACUGCAGGCCCAGGGCGCCCACUAUAGGACGUGCACUGACACGGCUUACAGGCUGCUGCGGGAGCUGCAGAGUGAAGGAGCUCUGACUGCAGAACAGAGUCUGCGAGUGAAAGAGUGGCUGUGCUCGGUGGAGGAGGAACGGAGCGGACUGACCACGGCCUCUGGUCCAGACAGCGGCAUCGAGAACAGCUCCACCGAGGACAGUGUUGCAUUAAGGAGAGGUCGGCCCUCUGUGAGAAACCAGGAUCCAGAGGCUGCAGAGGAGAGGUGGAGUCAUGCCCAUGAGAGUGAGAAAGAAGAUAGCACCGUUCAUCAGCUUCAAGCACAGAUCCAGAGGUUGGAGGGGGAGAACACAGACUUCUUAGCCGCUCUUGAGGAUGCUAUGGAGCAAUACAAGCAGCAGAGUGAUAAGCUUCAGGAGCAGCAGGACCUGAUCACAGAGCUGCAGUGUCAACUGUCUACUCCAGGGCUGAUGGGCCUGGGACUCAACUUAAGACUGCGACCACACACAGCUCCCCAAGGCUCCAUGCAACACAGCCAGAAUGGAGGCACAUACAGACAGGUUAGUCCGGUGGGCUACCUCGGCAGCGGGCAUGGUGAUCAGGAUGGGAGCCUUUGUGAGGAGCAGGAGAUUCUAGGAGGGGCGGAAACAGAGGACACAGAAGAUGAAGGCAGUCCUCUCAACUUCAACCGGGAGAGACGCAAGGCGGUUCACCUGACCUGGACCAGGAGAGACAUGCUGACAGGAGGACUAACAGCUACUGGUAGAGGCUUCAUGUCUCAGCCCUCUGAGCCGGAGCAGCACCCCUGCUUCGCCAGAAAAGCAUCCAAUGCCAGCUCUGGGGAGACGUCUGUGCGUGAAAGUCAGAAAAGUUUUGAGGGCGUUACAGAGUGGGGACUCCAUCAGGCACAGCAGAAGAUCAGGGAGCUGUCAGUCACCAUCCGCAUGAAGGAAGAACUCAUCAAAGAGCUAGUCAAAACAGGGAAAGAUGCUCAGGCCCUGAACAAGCAGUACAGCCACAAGAUCACAGCUUUAGAGAGCGAAGCCUUGCAGGCCCGACAGGAGCUGCAGGAGGCCCAACGGCAGCUGCAGGACCUGGAGAGACAAGAGAGAGAAAUCAGCACCACUGACAAGAGCAGAGCACAGGAGUGUCGCAGGAAGAUAGCUGCAGCGCAGAGCAAAGUUCAGGUUCUCAGUCAGCGGCAGAGGGAUACUGCUCGUCUGGCUAACCUUCCCGCGCAGAGUGAACGCCGUGUGUUGGAGCUGGAGAGAAGUGUUCAGAAUAUGAGGCAGCAACAGGAGCAGCUGCAAAGACGGCUGCGCCAGGAGAGUCAGCAGAAACGACGCCUGGAGACGGAGAUGCAACGCAGAACUCACAGAGUCAAGGAGCUUGAGAUCAAGAACGAACAGCAGCAAAAGAUCUUGAAGAUAAAGACGGAGGAGAUCGCUGCCUUCCAGAGGCAGAGGCGCAGCGGCAGUAACGGCUCUGUCAUUUCACUGGAAGAGCAACAGAAGAUUGAGGAGCAAAAGCGUUGGCUUGAUGAAGAAAUGGAGCGAGUGUUGGAUCAGAGGAAGGGCCUGGAGGAUCUGGAAGGAGAGCUGACUAAACGUGAGGAAAUCCUGGCCAAAAAAGAAGCACUGCUGCAGGAACGCAGCGGACUGGAGACCAAGAGGCUCCGCUCUAGUCAGGCCCUGAGCAAAGACCUGGUGAUGUUAACAGGACGUAUAGAGACACUGGAGCAAGAGCUGAGUGAGAGAAAUGGUCUGCUUCGCAGCGGCAGUGCUCAAGACUCGCAACAGAUUCGUCAAGAGAUCUCUAACCUGCGUCAGGAGAAAGAUUCUCUGCUGAAACAGAGAGUGGAGCUGGAUGAUAAGCUGCGGCAGGGGAACCUGCUCUCCCCUGAGGAGGAGCGAACACUUUUCCAGUUCGACGAGGCGAUCGAGGCCCUUGAUGCAGCCAUUGAGUACAAGAAUGAGACCAUCACUCAGAGACAGAGGCAGCUGAGGGCAUCUGCCAGUAUGCUCUCUCAGUGGGAAAUGAACCUAAUGGCCAAACUCAGUUACCUGUCUGCCUCUGAGACCAGAGCCCUGCUGUGCAAGUACUUUGACAAGGUGGUGUCUCUGCGUGAGGAGGAGCGGAAGCUGCAGCUCGCUCUGGCUGAGCUGGAGAUGCAGCUGGAUGAGCAGCAGGGGCUGGUGCAGUGGUUGGAGAACGCUCUUGAUCGUACUCAACUGGACACAGAUCGCCGGCUGACACAACAGCAGAAGGAACAUGAGAGGAGCGUUCAGCUCUUACUGCAGCAGUGUCGAGAGCAAAUGGAUGAGGGUCUGGCAGGAAGGCAGCGCCAGUUUGAAGUAUGGAUUCAUAACCUCAGUAAGGAGCUGAGUCACUACAAAGCAGCAAACCAGGAACUCAGCAACAGACUGAGGGAAGUCUGUGGUUCAGCAAGCCAGCCAAAGGAGCAGACGAGAGGACCUGAGGAGAAACCAGCAGGCAUCAGCAGCAUGGAGAAGCUGACCCGCUGCCCCGAAGAAAGUCCAAGAGGACGGGGCUCUCCGCAGCCUGACAAACCUUCGAGGUCCAGGGAAGAGAUGCGAGAGCUGGUGAACACCCCUCUCCCAUCCACAUGGAGGCGCUCCUCUCUCCCCACAGAGGAACCUGCUGUCAUGGAGGAGCUUUGGCUUCGAGGAGCAGUGGACGUUCCUGUUAAUCGUGUAGUUCAGACUGGUGGGUCCUGGGGCGGGACAACCUCACUGCCUCUUGUAAAGUCUCGUAGAGAAUCCCGCCGCUCCAGCCUCAACGUCGGACCACUGACUUCAAACAAUGCAAUCAUUGAUGUACGGAAGAACCCGGUCUGAAGAGACAUUCGUCAUUUCACUUCAAAGCAUUCGCAUAGUUUUUUCCAUAUUAAGUAACUUGUAUAUAGAGUUUUUUAUUGAACAAGGACACCCACUGAUUUUACAUGAAGCACUUUCACUGAGGUCAAGUUUCUAGGUACGUGUUGGUGUCCCUAUCAUGAACAGUUUGAAGAGAUAUAUCAUUUGCAUCAAUACAAAAUGAGCUUCUCUUGGUUUCUAAUCAUGUAGUCUUUUAUCUGCUAUAGUAUUUUAUAUUAAAAUGUUUUUACCUUUAUCUCUCA